UUUUACAACAAAACAGGGUGAAAGCUUGUCCCUGUGGGUGUACCAGGUCAAAAUGAUAAACUUGUUACGACCUAUCUCGUUCACGGGAGGGUCACUCGGUAGGAAGCGUCUAUCGUCUGUAAAUAGACCAGAAGAUGCUGUUUCAAAUAUUUAUAGACCUCAAUAUGCCUUAUAUUGUGUUUAAAAAUGUUCAGGGAAGAUUAUUUUGCUGUAAAACAUGUGAAUGACAGAGAACGUAAUUUUUUCCGCGAACAGGAACGUGUCCAUUCUCAAUCGUGACCUAGAUAUUUGGCGGAACCUAGACUACCCGAUCCAUAAAUCAAUAUUUUAACCAAUGGCCCCAGGGAAUAUUGCGUAAGAAAUGGACAGUUAAACUUAAUAACUUUAAUUAUUAAUCAAUUGAUCAGCAUUUUGUAUACCUAACGGUUAAAUAAUUACUUUCCCACCGAUAAAUAACAGAUGUGCAGAAGAAGGGCCGCUAUGGCAUACGAUCACGCGCCAAAUUCGAACGCGCUAGUAUUCGUCUAUCGUUUGAACGCCAACAGGAAAAUUAGGGAAUAAUCCGAAAAAUAAUUUAGGUUUCUUAUCUGUGAUAUUACCACAAAACAGAAAUGACAGAAAUAAAUUCCACCUCACUGUAUCUUCUCAACACAAAUCCAGUUAUUGACGAAUCCAUUAUUGAAUCAAACUCCAAAGUAGACAGGAUACCAUUUUCUCCAAUCAACACCCCAAAUACUUGUGUUUUAGCAAGUAAACACAACUCUCCAAGAAUCAAGGCAUCGACUGACAAAGAAAACAUGAAAGCUAGAACAAGAUCUAGAAAGGAGACCUCUCCAAUAAAAGAGAAAAAAUCCUCUGCAAAAUCGGACAAAUCUGAACCUCUUCCAAAGUCGGAAAGAGUGAAAAAUGACUCUGAAUCUUCAGUGGACUCAAUAGGUGAAAGGCCUUCAACUCCGACGGAAAACCCCGAAACUUCGGCCCCUCUCACCCCCACUGCAAAUCUUAAAAUGCUUUUUAGUGCUGUAAGUCCAGAACUAAGGAACCGAGAAAAACAGUUGGAGGAAAGUGAAGGAAAAGACUGUGAUGAAAUGGGAGGGAAAUUUAAGCCCCUAAAUCUGGAUGCAGAGCUGGCAGCCUCACAAAUGGAUGACGAAAAUGGAGACUGGAAGCCGGGGUCUCGAAAGGAAAAGUCUUUAGGCCUUCUCUGUCAAAAGUUUCUUCAGAAGUACCCAGUGAAUCCUCAAACAGAAGAAAGUCAAGAAAUUUCACUUGAUGAAGUUGCAAAGGAAUUAGCGGUAGAAAGGAGAAGGAUAUAUGACAUAGUCAAUGUUUUGGAAAGUGUGGAGAUAGUUAGCCGGAUAGCCAAGAAUAAGUACGCGUGGCACGGGAAAACUAACCUAGUCAAUACUCUAGCCAAAUUAAAGGCAUUAGCGGAUGCAGAAGGGUUUGGAGAAUUAGUGCUUAAAGUGAAAGAUUAUGAAUUGAACCGUGAACUGGCCGAGCAGAAUGGCAGUGUAUAUACAGCUCCCCCUCCAUUUAUAAUGGAUCCAGACAAUCCUAAUGCAGCUUUACUUAGGAAAGACAAAUCAUUGGGCAUUAUGAGUCAGAAGUUUCUUAUGCUCUUCUUAGUGUCGAAGCCAAGAGUGGUCAACUUGGACUUAGCAGCUAAAAUCCUCAUUGGAGAUCCAAAUAUUGACAGGACGGAAAAUGCCAAAUUCAAAACAAAGAUAAGGAGACUGUAUGACAUUGCUAACAUUUUAGCAACUUUAGACCUUAUCAGGAAAAUCCGCAUCACUGAUAUCAGGGACAGAAAACCUACCUACCAGUAUAUAGGGCCAGAUCUGGAGCAAGUGCAUGAAUUAAAUG